UCGUUUUUGUUAGUCGUACGAAUUGUUUCUUAUUUGUGAAAGCUCGUCGAACGGAAGCAAAUCUCGCUUUUUUGCCCUUUUGAAAAAUAAAGGAAGAAGUUCGUAAAAAGCGAAAAAUACCAUCGAAUUGAGCGCGAGCGAAAGUGUGAUAAAAGAUCAUAUAUCAAAAUGGUUGCCGAUAAUAUUGAUGCCGGAGUUGCUGUUGCUGCUGCCGCUGACCAAUCCUCAGCGGUGUCUGACGUGACCAUCAAGGAGGAGUUGCCAGUUGGCAACUACAUAAUGGUUGCAGUUGACAUAGACACCACUGGACGUCGUCUGAUUGACGAGAUUGUCCAGCUGGCUGCCUACACUCCAUCCGAUCACUUUGAGCAAUACAUAAUGCCAUAUAUGAAUCUAAAUCCAGCUGCUCGCCAGCGUCAUCAAGUUCGUGUCAUUUCGAUAGGAUUUUUUCGCAUGCUGAAGUCGAUGCAGACAUACAAGAUCAUCAAAUCAAAAUCAGAGGUCGCUGCGCUCAAGGAUUUCCUUGACUGGCUGGAUCAGCUGAAAGCCAAGAAUCCCGAUGCAGAUGGCAUUGUCCUACUCUAUCACGAGGAGCGUAAAUUUAUACCCUAUAUGAUAUUGCAGUCGCUCGUGAAGUACGGCAUGCUUGAUAGAUUCACCAAGACGGUCAAGUCAUUUGUGAAUAGCAUCAAUCUGGCCAGGUCUACCGUCGGUGAUUCCAAGCAUUAUAGUCUACGCAAUCUGUCAAAGAUACUGUCCAAAGCCAAGGAGGAAAACGUCAAAGUAACCAGUGAUUAUAUUGCAGAUAGCACUACUAGCAUCGAUAAGCGUGGCAAGAAUGGAAUACAAAGGGAGCGCGAGGAGUUCGAUGGCAGCGCCAGCGUACGCGCCAAGUUGGCCUUUAACGUGGCCAUGCAGCUGACCAAUUCGGGCACCGCUGAGGAGCCCGACUCUUCGGAUGCCUUGAAGAAUCUGUUCGAGGCAUUGCAGCCCUACGCAGAGCCGCUUGGCUGUGAUAUUAAAGAGCUGGAUACACAGAACGUGAAUCUGGAGCGCCAGAACUCCUUCCGUCCAGUGUUUCUAAACUAUUUUAAGACCACGCUGUAUCAUCGCGUGCGCGCCGUCAAAUUUCGCAUUGUGCUAGCCGAAAGUGGUUUCGAUUUGACCACAUUGAAUGACAUUUGGACGGACAAGCGCAGCGCUGGUCUGGAUGCGGCACUGGAAAGCAUACCCAAUCUAAAGACUGAGGAUAAGACGGAACUGGUGGAGCUGCUGGACAGUUUCUUUGAUCCCAACAAGGUGACCAUCAAGCCUGUUUGCAAGCCCAGCACAAUUCGUCGUCGCAACAAGCGUAACAAUACGCUAAGCAAGACCGCAUCCAGUGGAUCGCGCUCGGCUAGCGAUGAAUUUGGCGCUGGUGGCGACAAGUCGCAGAGCGUCUCCUCUGUGCCGGACUCUACCACCAAGACACCAUCGCCGGCGAAGAAUGGCGCCAAGUCGCAGCGUAAACGCAAUUCGCGCCCUAGUUUAACUAGCAAGGAGGUCAAGACGGAGCUGCCAAUGAAUAAGGCGGCCAGCAUUCCUGUGCCCAACUAUGUGCCCAUUGUGGCUUCAAACUAAGUGCGCAAUGCCUACAAGCACGCUUAAAUAUUUAAAAAUGCAGAAGUAUUUUUAAAAUAGUAACACGAAUUGUCAUAGAGGAUUAAAAAAGAACAAGCAAUUGCGAACUGAUUUGCAUUUUGAGGAUUGACCACAGAUUAGAAACAAAUUGGUCUAAAUUUAAGUGAGCGUAAAUUUCAAGUUAAUAUGCAGCGUGUAUAUGUAUGUUUAAAUGGAAAAUGGUAGUAAAUGGAAUGAAUUUGGAGUUGUUAUAAAAAAAUGCUAAAAGCUCUGGAUGUAGUAAUGUCACCCCAGCAAUCCCAGUCAAGCAAAUUGCUUCAAAAACGAAACUAAAUAUUUUUUUUACAUAGUUGCACUACUGAUAACCCCUGCAACUGCAACUUUUGUGUUAAUCACAAUGGCGGAAUGAAGAAAUUAUGAAACAAAUGUAAUUUAAGCUGCUAUCAAUAUAUAUAUAAUAUAUAUGCUAUCAAUAUAUCGUCGCGUUUAGCCAUAGUUUUCCAACCACAGAGCAAAAAAUUGGAAAAAUAUGUGCGCAAGAAACGCCUCGAUUUUUAAAACAUAAGGUAAACCCUAACCAAGAGUAUUGAACAUGUUAAGAAAAGAACAAGCUUGUAUUGAAAAAAUACACAAACCUCAAAUGAUUUAUAAUGAGAAUAAUGAACUAUAGCUUAAAAUGCAACAAACUAAAAUUACACAAACAAAGCUAAAGCAAAUUUCGCCUUGAAAAUAUUAAACAGAGGCUCUAUAUCUAUAUAUACAUACACCAACAACGCGUCCAAUUUAUCGAUCUGUACUUCACACAACAAAUUAUAAUAAUAAUAAUAAUGAAGAAGAAGAAACUCAAGCCCUACAUGCAUCCACAUAAUAAUAUAUUAAAUCUAACUGUAUUACACACAAAUCAAAUCGUUUCAUGUUUCACAUAAAUGUAUCAAAUGUAAAUGAAAUUAUUAAGAAUGAAAAUAU